UGAAUAACGAAGCCAGACGAGGAGACCAGAAGCCUGAAGCCUCUCUUCUCUUGGAAAUGGUGGUGGACCCCGAUUUAGCCGUAGCUGCUGCAGGAGAAGUGGCGGAGCUCCCACUACCAUUCAAACUCCGGUGGGACAAUAUCCACCCCCACCCUCUGGACGCCGCCGCUUCUCCGCCGCCGAAGCCCCCAUGGUCAAUGGUUGCCAUUAGAAAGGUACACCAAGACCAUGGCUGCGACAAUCCCCCAAUCGUUUUCCCUCCCAUCAACCACGAAAAUCUUCUCAUUUCCCCAGACCUACCUCCCACUCCCGACCGAAUCCCUCGCGUCAGCGCGGAUAUCCGGCAGAGUUCGUUUUCUGAGUCGGAUUCAGAUUCUGAUUAUUCAAAUUCGUCGUCUGCGUUUACGCCGUCGGAUUCGAGCUCAGUGCCGCGUUCCCCGGUCUUUCGGAAUGCGAGGGCGAAGCGGGCAGCUGAUGCGGUGGGGUGGUUUGAUUCUUGGGCGGAGAUACUGCAGUGCAAAGUGAUUGGGCUUGUAAGAUUCUUAUGCAGUAGCUUUACUUACUCGCGGGUAGCGUUCUUGACUUUUCGCUCUACCGCAUUUACGGCCAUUCUGAUUGCGUUUCUGUAUUUCCGGCGGCGGAGGAGAUUGAGGGACCGAGAAGAGAACAUGGAUCGGCUUAUUGGCAUCAUCAAGGAGAGAGACGAGAAAAUCAAUCAACUCUUGCAUCAAAUAUCACGGAUGAAUCAGAUGUUGCUGGCUGUUCAUAAAGCUCCAAGCAGCCCCACUCCUUAGCCAAUUUCGCAAUGCCGAGAGGUGCUAGGGGCAUGGUGGAUGCAUCACAGGGACAGGUGCUUAAAAUUUGGCUUCCAAGUCCAACUGGUUAUGUUGUGCUAGAAAGUUUCUAAGGGGUUUAUCUAUUAUACAAUAGAACAAAUAUUCUUUGUACAAAGUGUUUGUUGCUUCUCCCUACAUAGUACGGGGAAGAUUAUAUAGUGGAUUUCAUAUGGGGAGAAUGAA